AUGGACUCGGCAGCGGCUGGCAGGAACUCCUCCGGCCCCGCUGGCCCCAACGGCACGGUGAGCGGCGGCGGGGGCAGCGGAGGGGCCGGGGGGGCCGGCGAGUCGCCGGGCAGCGGCAGCGCCAUCCUCAUCUCCUUCAUCUACUCCGUGGUGUGCCUGGUGGGUCUGUGCGGCAACUCCAUGGUCAUCUACGUGAUCCUGCGCUACGCGAAGAUGAAGACGGCCACCAACAUCUACAUCCUCAACCUGGCCAUUGCGGACGAGCUGCUGAUGCUGAGCGUGCCUUUCCUGGUUACCUCCACGCUGCUCCACCACUGGCCCUUCGGGUCGCUGCUCUGCCGCCUGGUGCUCAGCGUGGACGCCGUCAACAUGUUCACCAGCAUCUACUGUCUGACAGUACUCAGCGUGGACCGCUACAUCGCGGUGGUGCACCCCAUCAAGGCGUCCCGCUACCGCCGGCCCACGGUGGCCAAGAUGGUUAACCUGGCCGUCUGGGGGCUGGCCCUCGUCAUCAUCCUGCCCAUCCUCAUCUUCUCCCGGACCGAGGCCAACACGGACGGCACGGUGGCCUGCAACAUGAUGAUGCCCGAACCUAAGCAGAAGUGGCUGGUGGUCUUCGUGGUCUACACUUUCCUCAUGGGCUUCCUCUUCCCCGUGGUGGCCAUCAGCCUCUGCUACAUCCUCAUCAUCGCCAAGAUGCGCGUGGUGGCGCUCAAGGCCGGCUGGCAACAGCGCAAGCGCUCCGAGCGGAAGAUCACGCUCAUGGUCCUCAUGGUGGUCACCGUCUUCGUCAUCUGCUGGAUGCCCUUCUACGUCGUGCAGUUGGUCAACCUCUUCGUCGAGCCCGACGACGCCACCAUCAGCCAGCUUUCCGUCAUCCUGGGCUACGCCAACAGUUGCGCCAACCCCAUCCUCUACGGCUUCCUCUCGGACAACUUCAAGCGCUCCUUUCAGAGGCUCCUGUGCCUUAGCUGGAUGGACAACGCCGCCGAGGAGCCGGUCGACUACUACGCCACCGCCCUCAAGAGCAGGGCCUACAGCGUGGAGGACUUUCCCGCCGACAACUUCGGAGAGUCGGGCAGCGUGUACCGCAACGGGACUUGCACCUCCAGGAUUACAACCCUCUGAGGGCAGCUUUCUGACUCGCCCGGGUUCCGACCGAGCGGUGUGGAAGGGGGCGUGGGGAGUUCGGGUCAAGAGAAAGCCGGGAAGGAAGGCAAGGAGAGCGGCCCCAGGGACAGACUGCUCCCCCACUGGCCAUCUUCAGUUUCUAAACGGGCCCACUCGGCUGGACGCUCCUUCUACCUUCCCUGUUAAACAAUGAGAUCUUGGGCAGCCUGGACGGUUCUCCAGCUCUCUCCGCUUGCCUAGGAUCCGGAGCCUUGAGUCUUAGCCUAGCGCUUUCUUUGAGGUUUGGGGCCCGCGAGUCUGCUCUUCUUCAUUGGCCAUGGGCGUCUGGGCGUGGCAUCAGGCUGAUGACCACUGGAUCGGCCGCGAUAUGCAAGUCCCGCGUGAAAGGUUGCUGAGCGCUGCUGGAGGGUUUUUGCCCCUGGCUUCCGGGGGGAAAAAAACCCAAACCAAAUCCGGACCUAGGUUGCUUUUAUGUUUUGCAAGCAGGAUAAAGAAAUAAAGGGGAUGGGCUCAAAACAUACCCCUGUAAAGCUGUGGGUAUUCCUGGUGGUAGCGGGAGGAUAGUGUGUUGUUUCAGAAGUUGGGACUGGGACUCCCUCUCGAGAAGCUCACAGAGUGUAAUCAGUGGUUCGCCUGAGCCAACCAGCAGUAUUGAAAACAUACAAGCUUAGCUUUACAACGAGCCUUGUUGCUAAAUCAUUCCACAGUUCCUCUCUUUUUUUUUGCGGUGGGGGGGGGGGAAUAAUUCCAGAUUGGCCAGAAGGUUGGCAUAAAUCCUUCUCACCCUUUCCAAGAACUUCCCCAGCAGGAAGCAAAUGAUCCCGAGGCAGUACAAAAUAUUAGAUCUGCUUGGCAGCCCCAGGAGAAAGCUAACUAUUCCAUCAGCUUAAUAGAAACGAAUCAUCUUAUCUUUUCCCUCUGGGGUCCCUGCUGGGGAGACCAAUCUCUGUUCACUGGCUUUGAGCAAGCCUGGGGGGAAUGGCGAUCCAUCUGGAAAGGGAAAGGAAACCAGUCCAGUAGAAAGCAAGCGGGGUUUUGUUAUCUCAAAGCAGCAGCUGGCUUUUGAUAAGGAAGAAAGCCCCCAGCCAGCCACUCUUUCCCAGAUGAUUGUCAAGAUCUGAGUCCUGAACUCCCACCAGUGUUUGGUUUAGCGUUUUUUGAAUCAAGGGGACAGCAAAGUUACAGUCCUGGGCUGAUAUUUGUCACAAACCACAAAAGGAGAGAAAUAAGGAGAAAAGAGCAAUUUGUGAAUGGGAGGCUGAGGAGGGGUGGGUUUUUUUAAAAGCCUUCUGUGAGACAUCAAAAUUACUUCAGCUGCAGUUCUCAAAGUACUCACCAAUGGUUACCUCAGAAAAAAAUAUUAUCUGUCUUUAGAGGAAUAAUUAUUAAACGGCUUGAAAAGUUCAGUCAAAAGUACCCUUCUAACUGUUCAAAAGCAGUUCAAAAUGAAAAACUAACAACAAUGUAGCCAAAUUCAAGAUUUUUUAUUUAUUUACUUAUUUACACAUCUUUUACACUGUUGAAUCAAUCCACUUCAGAUGAUUAUCAGCAAUGUGUCUUGCUACAUUUGGCUCAACAUCAUUUAGACCGGCACUUAUCUCUUCAGUUUCAAAAUCAACCAAGGAAAAGUCAUAGGAGAUGCAAAGCAUUGAUUUAUGUUAUGCUCUUUUGAUUGGACGGCAAAUUCAACAACCAGGAGGUCUGCAACCUUUGUUCUCUUCUAGAAAGCAUAAAUCCUAUGGGAGACCUCUAGGACUUCCCAUUGUAAUCAUAAUAUAUAGCGCUGACAGUGGCGUUCUAGACCUUGUUUGCUUUGAGUCACAAUCUUUGUUAGGGUUUUUAUUUAUUAUUUGACUGUAAUAAAGAUUCAAUUUGAUCCAAGUCACAUUCAGUCCCUUUAGAAUUAGGAUGCAUAUUUCCCAUAACUGAUGGAGACUUUAAAAAAAAGAGUUCAAGAACAAUGAAAUGACUAAAUGAUUAGUUUAGUACAAAUGGCCUCAUCUGACUAAACACUUUCUCUAUAAAACAGCCAGGAACAGAUCCAACAAAAGAAAUAAAUAAAAACAAGGUGCUGGAGUGGAGCUUGGGGAAAUCCAGAUGACCCUCUUUUCCCCACUUCUACCCAAUGAAAUGUAUUCUUCAUUUAAUUUAUAAUAAGGUAAUAUACUUGUUUAAAUUACUUUGCUGUGUGUUACAUUUCUUGGGAGCCAGUUUUCAAAUGUAAAAUAAAUAAUUUUUCUUUUUAUAUUUUUAAUUCUAUGUAGCUUCUAUGUUGUGGAGACAAUUCUCUAUAAGACAGUCCUUAAAAUAGAUUUUGGGAAUAUACAAAUUCAUG